AGCUCUUUUUUCCCCAACGAACAACAAAAGAAUUAAGGAGUUUCACAUUCGCUGACGCAGACGCGCACGCACGCCAACGUUUAGUUAUCCGUCCACUCGCAUUUUAAAGUUAUUAAAAACAGUAGUUUCAUCAUGACAGAUAAGGACGCCGUCUUUGCGGAGGGCGAGGUCACGUGCGUGAGCCGCGAGCCCACGCAGACGUCGCACGGCUACACCCGCCUCGACACCGCAGACAACGGCGCCCCCUCGCAACGGUGCCGCCGUCCGCGCAAGGUCGUCGUGUACUACUUCGACUCCGACGUGGAGGGGGAGGGGGAGCAGCAGCAGCCGGCAGCAGCAGGGAACACCCUCGUGCGUCCGCGUCCAUCGAGCACGAAGCGGGAAGGCGGCACGAAGAAGCACAGUCGCACAGGCGUUAGCGAUACCAACACACCAGAGGCGGAGAAGCUGGACUACCCGGGAGUGGAGGAGCUGGAGGCGUACAGCAGCGAGAUGAGCCACGCGAACGCGCACUCCGGCGCUGCCGCCGGGGCCUCCUGCGGCUGCGGUGGCGGUGGCUGUCAAAGCCGCAGGCCCGUCUCGGUGGACAACCCGCGCAUCGGCUCGCCGACGCCGAUCGGCUUCUUCGCCUUCGGCAUGACGACGUUGAUCUACAACGUCCACAAUGCGAAGAUCUGCCAGCUGAACAUGGCGACGAUGGGUCUGGUGGUGAUGUUUGGUGGGCUGACGCAAUUCAUAUGUGGCUUUUUCGAGCUCAUCAACAUGAACACGCUUGGCUGCACCAUCUCCACGACGUACGGCGCCUUCUGGCUGGCGACCGCGGUGUUGUUCCUAGAGCCGGCGAACGCGUACGUGACGAUGGGCGACCACACCUACACGGGCGGCUUCUUUCUGCUGUGGUUCGUCUUCGCCGGCACGCUCUUUGCCGCGUCCUUCCGCUCGCCCUUUAUGUGUAUGGCGCUGUUCUUCCUGGUGCCGCUGAAUUUCCUGCUGCAGAGCAUCGGCUAUUUUAUGGACAGCACCGGCGUGGCGAAGGUGGCGGGCUACGAAGGCAUGAUUGUCGGCGCGCUGGCGACGUAUCUUGGGAUGGCCUUUACCCUCCGCGACGUGUACGGCCGCUCGCUGCUGCCGAUCCUCUUCCAGAAGAACAUGCGGUACGUGGAGUGGUAA